ACUCUUAGGUCGUUUAAGAGCAAACAUAUUUGCCAAAAGCAAGAAUAUGGUUAUUACAGAGUGGUUGGCUUUCCUAUUGUCCUGCAAUAUCUGUUUUAUGAGUGCUUCCCGACUUCAGAUGGUGUUAUUUCUACGAAGCUUGGCAGCUAUAUUCCAAGAUGCUUGAACUGGAGUGUUGGCAAAUCUGUGAAUUUGAGUGUGUUGGACACUGAGUUUUUCAGUUUAGGGUCCAAGCUGGAGUAUACAAGGAUUAUACCUACCACUGAUGAAAGGAAUAGCUUAAUGUUGGAUGGCUUUUUUGGAAUACAGAAGAAGCAAGCUGCUUCUGAUAGAAGACAAAGUGUUGAUGCUGUAGCUGAUGAUUUAAUUGACACAAAUGCUGUAAAUCCUAGUCAAUCAACAGGAAAUCAACAUAAUCUUAACACUGUUUUUGAGAAGCAUGAGAGUGAUAAAGAGCGUCGAAAGGACGAUAAUGAAGUCUUACCGCAUAGAGUUGAUGGUAAAGAUAAUGGUGAUAAAGAAAAGCAAGAAGUGUCUGAUAAAUCUGCGUUUGUUGAUAAUCAGAUAUCAAUGGAGGAUUCAGAUGUCGUUUUUACUGAUUCUGAAUUGGCUAGACUUGACGAGCAACUUGUUUCUAUAUAUAGUACUCGUGAGGCUGAUGCAUUGUUAUCAAGUCAAGCAGCUUCUCAACCUGUUGUGAAUGUAGCUUCAUUUGAAGAUUAUCCGUGCCCUUUUAUGGAUAAUGAGUAUAGCUUGCUAGAUGCUUAUAAAGAUUGUGAAAUCUUCAAUUGGGUUGAACAAGGAUUUAAUAAGAAGCUUCGAAUUUUUACCGGUAGAUAUGGUGUAAUUGAUCCUCCUUUUAAGUUUGCUGGCGAACUACAAGCGAAGAAGAAAUGGCUGCAUACAUUAAAUUUCGUGGGCUGUGAACUCUCUACAUCUCAUGUUGAUACUGUCUUCCACUAUUUGAGAAAGAAGAGUGUAUUGUUGAAUAUCCGGAAGCCAAAUUUUACAACUGCAGACUCUAGUUUUGGUCAGAUUUUGGAGGCAGAAUAUCGAUCUUUUCUUGCUGCCGGUUCGAAGUCUAUUGAAAUUAACGCCAGUAAUACGAUUCUUGAAUAUUACGUGGGUCAAGGGUGUGGAUACUCAAAGCCAUGGACUGAAAUCGAUGAUCUUCUCAUUCCUAUCAUUGUUACAGAUCCAAAUCAUUGGAUUCUCGCGCGUGUUAACUUUGAAGAUUGUAAGGUUUAUGUUUACAAUUCGAUGAAGAGUCCGACGAUGGAUGCCAUUGUUCACAAUUAUAUGCAAGCUUACAUCCAUUAUCUUCCCAAAUUUCUGAAGAACAUGGACUUUUAUUCAACGAGGACUAGUUCUAGUUCAUUUGCUCUUACUUCAAGUUUGGACAGCAGAUACGAGUCAUUUUCAUAUGAAAAUGUUCCCUAUAUGCCAGUUCAAAGUGACAGGUCAGUUCUUUUGUUUUUUGUUUCUACAUUAUUUGUUUUUAUGUUGAUUUUUUUUCCGUAUUUUUAACUUGUUUCAUUUUAUUAUGCAGCGAUUGUGGUGCGUUUGUCUGUUUAUUUGCGGAGCAUUUCAUAAGUUCUAAGAGAAUUCCUUCUACAUUUUCAUUAAUGGAAAUGGAAACGUACCGUAAUAGGCUUGUUCAAAGCUUGAUUAAGUAUGGGAGGUGGAAGCAAAGUGUGAAUCUUGUAAGUGAUGGUGAAGAAGAAGCAGGACCUCGAAAAGAUUUGAAUGCAUAGAAAAAUAUAGGUUGUUGGUUCUGUUUUUAUUUUUAGUAUUUUGUUAUUUUUGUUAUGUUAUUCUGAAUUUGAAUCAUACGCUGUUUUUUUUUUGUUGUUUUC